UUAAAAAUGGGAAAUCAACAUUCAAAAAAAUCAUACAACGAGACUCCAAACAUGUUUCCAAAGAAAUUUCUAGUACAAGUACGGAUGAAUGUCCUCCACGUUUAACGGAUUCGAGUCUUCGUUACGUAGAUGGCAAAAAAUAUUAUCGAGAUACUCCUUGUGUAUUCCCAGUUGAUGAAAGGGAAACAAUACGAAACAAAGAAAAGCAAAUCAUAACGAAACUUUUAUGGCAAGGAAAUUUCUCUGCGCCAAUCGGAGAUCAUUUAAAAGCUGGAGGAUUAAAAAUACUGGACGUUGGAUGUGGUCCAGGAACAUGGAUACUCGAAAUGGCCAAAACAUAUCCAUCAUGCUUAUUCACAGGUGUUGAUAUUUCCCCAACUUAUCCCUUAAGAGACUUGCCAGAAAAUGUUGAAUUUAUACAAGCCAAUAUACUUGACCGUUUACCAAUCGAAAGCGGCAAAUUCGAUUUCGUGGUCAUGCAUUUUUUGAAUGGUUGUUUCACACUACGACAAUGGGAAUCAAUAAUUAUUCAAGAAGUUUCUCGCGUUAUGAAACCUGGAGCAUGGCUUGAGUGGUUGUUGUGUGACGCAUCUUUAAAAAACCAAGGAGAAAAUACUAAAAAAUUGCUGCAAGCUUUCUUAUCGUUAGUACAUUCACGAGGCAUAAAUCCAUGGACAGUCGUUGAAAUUCCAGGAAUAUUAAAGAAUUCAGGGAAAUUUGUAAAUAUAAAAUCCGAAAAACGAGUAGUCACGUAUAGUUUUAGAGAAUCUGGUCAAUUAGCUACAAAGGGCUUUAUGGAUAUGUUCCAAUAUAUGAAAAAACCAAUUUCUGAAUUUAUGAGUAUCACGUCUCACGAAUACGACCAGCUGCUCAACAAAACACACGAAGAACUUGAACAAGGUCAAACGAUGAAUGAUUAUUGA